AUGACGCCGAUCGAAAAGAAGAGGCGCCGUGAUCUGGCUUCAUUUAAGGCUAAAAAAAGACAACGAAUCGAUCUCGAGAACGACGGCUCGCAAGAAGGUUCGAGUGGUGGAGCCAUUGUCCUUGACAAGCUUCCAUGGAAUCAGGUGACUGUUGACCGUUUAGAGGAUGCCGAAGGCUUUUUUGGCUUGGAAGAGCUCUCAGACGUCGACGUUGUGAAGGAUCCAACUCUUGGAAAGGUGGAAUACAAGCUUCUGUCCAACAAUUUCGCAAGUAGAAGGAGUAAGGAACCUAAGAUUCCAGAUACUACUGUAGGAAUAGAUGAGAAAGAAUGGGAAGGCUUUGACGAAGAGGAAUCGGAAACACAUGUGGACCCACGGAGGUCCAAGGGCAAGGUCCCAAGGGAGAAAGAUACUAGCAGGGUUGAGAAGAAGCGUCGGAAGCAGGACAAAAAGCAAAAGAAGGAGGCCACGUCUCAGCCCAAGGCAUCAAAAAAUACCUUCGAGGCGUUGGGCACAGCAGACGAGGGUCGUGAUAUAGCAGAUAACGAGGAAGGCGAUGUGUCUGCGUGGGAACCAUUAAAUCUGUCUUCUCGGACAAUCUCGUCUCUCGCCCGCAUGAAGUUCUUGCAGCCGACUGCGAUACAACGGUCCGCUAUACCAGAAAUUUUGGGUGGCCACGACGUUAUAGGCAAAGCACCGACCGGAUCCGGCAAGACGCUAGCAUUCGGAAUACCUAUCUACGAGCACUACCUUGAGACUAUUCGUAGUAAAGUACCAUAUGCAGAAGCGGAAGGCAAGGGACGGCAGCAAAGCCCUCUGGCCCUGGUUCUUUCACCCACCAGAGAACUUGCGCAUCAGUUGUCUGCACAUCUCACAGAUUUAUGUUUGGAUCCCGGCUCUGCACAGCUUUCUAUAGCGACCCUGACUGGAGGUCUGUCUGUGCAUAAGCAACAGCGUCAGAUUGCCCACGCUGAUAUUAUCGUUGGGACCCCUGGUCGCUUGUGGGAAGUCAUUAGUGGAAGUCAGGACCUGAUAGAUUCUUUACGUAGAAUCAAGUUUCUAAUUGUGGAUGAAGCCGAUCGGCUGCUGAGCGAAGGCCACUUCAAAGAGGUGGAAGAGAUCCUUAGUGUUUUAGACCGAACAAAUGAAGCAACAAAUGGCGAAGACGAACGCGAUUCGGAAACAAUUGAUUGGAAGCAGCAAAGACAGACGCUAGUCUUCUCUGCCACGUUUCAGAAAGACUUGCAGCAGAAACUGGCAGGGAAGGGAAAACCAAAAGGUGGCGAUCUGAUGGGCAAACGAGAAUCCCUCGAAUAUUUACUGAAAAAGCUCAACUUUCGAGACCAGAAGCCCAAGUUCAUUGAUGUCAACCCCAUCUCGCAAAUGGCGACAGGCCUCAAAGAAGGAAUUGUCGAGUGUGCUGGGACAGAAAAGGACCUUUAUCUAUACUCGACGUUACUUCUCCACCCACACACGCGGACGCUUAUCUUCGCCAACUCGAUAACGUCUGUCCGUCGUCUUACACCGUUUCUCCAAAAUCUCAGUCUCCCCGCCUACGCUCUUCACUCCCAGAUGCCCCAGAAAGCCCGGCUCCGCUCCGUAGAGCGCUUUUCAUCCGCCUCAUCGCCAUCCUCUAUACUGAUAGCGACGGAUGUUGCAGCCAGAGGACUUGAUAUCCCUUCCGUUCAGCUUGUCCUCCAUUACCACCUGCCUCGAGCAGCCGACAUGUAUGUUCAUCGCUCUGGAAGAACCGCCCGCGCAGAGAAUUCGGGCUCGAGCAUCGUGUUGUGCUCGCCUGAAGAAGUCCAGGGUAUGCGUCGACUCAUUGCUAAAGUCCACGCGCGCAAAGCGAGCGAGCAUGACAGUGACCGCAAAAAAUUCUUCAUGCGAACGCUUGACCUUGACACCCGUGUCGUCUCACGCUUAAAACCUCGUGUGAUACUUAGCAAGAAAAUUUCCGACGCAACCCUUGCUAAAGAGAAGAAAGGUCAUGAAGACAACUGGCUGAAGACUGCCGCCGAGGACCUAGGUGUUGACUAUGACAGCGAGGAGUUUGCGGCUGGAGAAGCGAGCAAAAAAGGAAGGGGUCAGGGAAGGAAGAAGAAGGAGAAGGAGGCUAGGAGCUUGACGAAAGGCGAAUUGGGGGCGCUCAGAGGGGAGCUAAAGGGGCUUUUGGGCCAGAGAGUCAACGUCGGAGUUAGUGAGAGGUAUCUUACCGCUGGUGGGGUUGAUGUUGAUGAGCUAUUGAAUGGGGGGAGAGGAGAGUUCUUGGGGAGGGUAGAUGGUGGCUUGGAUGAUCUAUGA